AUGGGGAAUUGUUAUGAUUCAAGGAAGAAUACAGUAGUUUUAGCAUUUGAUUAAGCCGAAUAUACACAGUUGAAUUCAUAAUUUCAAUAUUACUGUGAAUUAAGUAGUGAGUAAUAACAAUAAUAUUAUUAGAACUCGGGAUAUCAAAUAACUUAAUUAACGAUCAUUCGAAGAUAUUUUUUCAGAAAAUCCUACAUUCGGGAUUAAGUUAUUUAAGUUCCUUGAGUUGUAUUCUGGAAGUGAUGGAUUUGUGAAGAAAGAACCAUUGUUUGAAUUCUGUAAUAUUAAUAUUGCUUACAUAAUAGUGGAGUUAUUAGUGAAAGAUGUUUAGACUUCAGUUCCAGCAUUCAAGAAUCUAGAAAGAUUUGAAUUGAUGUCUUUAAUUACAUUGCAGAAUUAUAGAUAUGUAAAAUCAAAAGAAGAGUUGGCCUAAUUGCAACUAACUUAUCUUGACACUCUAAGUGUCAUCAAAGUAUUUUCAUAUGAGUCCAUCAUUUUAGGAUAUUAUCAAAAUGUAUCAACACACCCAAAAGAAUGCACCCACCAAUGAGAAAUACAUAAAAUCAUUAGUAGAUUAACUAUACAGUAUUUAUAUAAUUCUAGAUUUAGAAAAUGAAUCAGGCUCAUUGUCUUGGGUACAGUUGAUGGACUUCAUUUCAAAAUAGAUGCCAGGAGCUAAAUAUCUUAUUAAAAAGUAUUUUUAAGCUAAAUUUAUGGGAAAACAAUUUAAUGUAAUUGAAUAAUACAUUUGCACUAGAGUAUUAUCCCAAUUGUCAAUACUCCAUCAUAUUUUGUGACUGAUGAGUUAUUUUUCCAAUUAUUAUUGAGUACAUAAUCUGUGCUUACUGAUUGCAAUUAGUUAACUUUGUUGUAUUCAAGUGUAGCUCAUUAAGGUGGCUUUAAUUAAAUGGUUUAAUGCCUUAAAGGUACUAAUUAUGCUAUUAGAUAUUAGAAUGUAAAUUACCUACUAUAAUGUUUUUUUAACAUGAAGAAAAUUAUGAUAAGAAGACAAAAUAAUAGAUAUUUGGAGCUCUUACAAAUCUAAGAUGGUAUGACACUAAAUAGUACUUUGGAACCAAGAAGGAUUGCAUUUUUAGUCUCUAUCCUUAUUUUAAGAUUUAUAGAUCUAAAAAAAGAGGAGAAUAAAAUUAUUGUUUCCUUGAUUCCAAUAAGGGACUUGGUUUUGGUGGUAAAAAUGGAGAGGGAUUCAGAAUUUGGAUUGACAAAGAUUUAUAAAACUCAUAUUGCACUCAAAGUGAUGAUUCUUAUGAAAAUGGCCCUUUGAUACUUUCUUAUGUUAAGAAACUAUAAAUCAACGUCAUUGAGAUAUGGGCAAUUCAACACCCUGCAGAUGAAAAUGAUGAGAAUUUUGAUUUAAAAAUAGAUUUGAAAGAUCCACUCUUGUAAAAAUCAGAUGAGGUCUAAUUUCAAAAUUCUAAUGCUGAUUUCUAUUGGGUUUAACAAUAGAAGACAGAAUAGAGAAAUUCAGGAUUUUAUUGGGAAAAUAGUAAUGUAAGUUGA